GCGGCCGGCUCCGCCGGCGGCUCGCACGCGCCGGCCGGCCCUCCCCGCCGCAGGACCGUGGGGUCCGGCCUGCCGUGCGGCGGGGAAGCAGUUAACGCCACGCGGAGUUUGGGGACGGACCCGGGUGCCGGGGCAGAGCCCACGGGCGACCCGGGGCCGGCGUGCAGCCACGGCGCAGCCGGCGAUCGAGCCGCUGGCCCGGCUCCAGCCGGGGAGUUAUAUAAGCCCGGGGAGGUUGCGCCGAGGCGGUUGAGCGCUGCCGGGGCAGAUGACACGGCAGGCGGCAUCCCGGGGCGCGCCGCCCGCCCGAACACCUCCGGACCCCGCCGCGGGCAGGGCCCGGGGGGCCGGCGGGCCAUGAGGGCUGGCCCCGGGGGGGCUCGCCCGGCCCGGGCUGCGCCCCGGCGGCCGGCUCCGGCCAGGGGAGCACGUGUGAAGCGGGGCCGAGCGGAGGCGGCCCCGGGAUUUGGCACGUUUGCAAGGAGCACUUGAGAGCCCCGGGAUGGACGUGGAGGGCCCUGGGCGGUGACGUAAGGACUCGCACGGGCUCGGCUCGGCUCGCCAGCCGGCCCCCAUGUCCCCGGGGCCUGCGACGGCCCCGGCGGAGGGAGGCAGGGAGACGGCGGAGCCAGCAUGAAGCAGCGAGCAGGGCCACCAGAGCUGAGACCUGCAGGACCCACCACGCACCCGCAGCCCAAGGAGGGGACGCUGUGGGGGCUCCUCGCCAUCCUCUCGCUGCUGGCCGGGCUGGCCGCGGGCAACCUGCGAACACCGCACUGCAACGAGACGCUGGACGCAGCCCCCACGCCGCAGGGCAUGGCCACCGCCAGCCUGGCUGUGGAGGAUGGCGUGGAGGUACCGCUCGCCGCUGCUUGGAGCCAGCUGUACGGGGACAAUGCGACGACGGGUGGCCCUGGCGCCACGGAGCUGGCGGAGGACCUGCUGCUGCGUGCCGAGCGCUCACCGCCGGGUGCCGGCAAAGGCAAGAAAGGGAUGCGGAAACCCUCACGGGGGACCCGUGGGCGCAACUGCCACAUCCGCAACCUGAUGGUGAAGGUGCGCGACCUGGGCCUGGGCUUCAACUCGGACGAGAUCGUGCUCUUCAAGUACUGCAGCGGGUCCUGCCACCGGGCGCGCAGCAACUACGACCUGACACUGGGUAGCCUGCUGCGGCAGCAGCUCAUCGCCCCGGGGCCGCAGGAGCGGGUCCUCAGCCACCCCUGCUGCCGGCCCACCCGCUACGAGGCCGUCUCCUUCAUGGACGUGCAGAACACGUGGCAGACGGUGGAGAAGCUCUCGGCAGCCGAGUGCAGCUGCAUCGGCUGAGGAGGGGGCCGCCGGCUCGGCCCCAGCUUGACGCAUGCCAGCAGACCCCAGCUUGCCACACGCAGUGGCACUGGCACUCAGAGGAAGGGUCUGGCAGAGGCUGGUGCCCCCGGUUUUACAUGGCCACAAGGGACGGAGGCGAGAUGGAGCUGUGAACAGGGGGGGUUGGGUGGCUGAGCCCCCUCCUGCUCAGUGCCAAGCAGCUAGUGCCGACAGCUAUGUGGGGUCCUGCCCAGGUGCACCCCAGCUCAGCCCUGGAAGAGGAGCUGGAGGGGGUAUGGAGCAUCCCCACUGCUCGCAGGGGUCUGCCAGCCCGGUGUCCACCAGCAGCGCCUGGCUCACCUGUGCCCUGCCUGGACUGGUGCUCCCGCACCCCUGCUUUAGGGAAGCCGGGGCCAAGUGUCGCCCAAGCUUCAGAGGGGGAGAGAAAGGGGGCAAAACCUCCCUGUCCCCUCGGGCACCCUGGGCUGGCGGUGGCCAGAGCUGCCCUGCAGGGAGGGGGUGUCCCCAAGGACAGGGGUGCAGCGGGGCCAAAUCGCACCAGCGUGGGGUGGGGGCCCCGCACCCGGGCUGACAGCAGCCCCCGGUGCUCUGCAGGAUGGCAGGGCACGGACACCCGCCGGGCCCCCUGCCCAGCUCCCAGGGGGGUGGCAGGGUCCCCCCGCUGCCCCUGCGGUGCUGCGGCACUAAACUAUUUAUUACUCUAAAUUAUUUAUUUAUUGUUCUCGAGCGGCAGCUCCUAUUUAUGACUUUGGGCCCCCGGGGGCCGGGUGUAAUUUAACCCCAGCGCUGCUGUGAAGCCCUGGGCAGCGCCCCGUGCCCCCAGCCCCCUUUUUCUAUUAUUUGUAAAAUUUGAGGGAUAAACUCUAUUUUUGUACAGUCGCCUUUUCCUGUAGCAAUAAAGCGAUGGGCUGC